AUUUCCAUAUGGUGGAUUUAAUAUUCAUUUUUUAUUUUCCUUCUUUUAGCUUUCCUACAACUAUAUAUAACCUCAUCACCCUCCUCCCUCUUGUCCUCAAAUCAAAUCCAUUUCUCUUUCUCAAAGAAAAACAGUUUCUAUAAAAAUGGAAAACAAUCUACCAGUCAUAUCAAAGAGAGUGUGGAGUCUUGUACGUCUUGCCUUCAUCAUGACGAGAAAAGGAAUAUCAAAGGGCAAAUUAAUGAUCAACUUAAACAUAAUACUCAAACGUCACACCAAGCUUGCCGGAAAAGCCAUUGCCAAUUUAAUAUCCCACCAUCCCCACCACGGCGGCUCCACCUCAAACUGCCACUCCCAUGACUCACACAGCCAAUUCACUUCUUCAAGGGAGUACGAAUUCAGCUGUAGUAACAGUCACAGCCACUUCUUCUCAAUAGGGAAGCGUCAUCACAGCCACAAGCACAAUGCUCAAGCACCACCUACACAUGACGAUGAGGUGACGACUAUGAAUGCAAUGAAGGCAGUAUUGGAGAUGCUUAACAACGAUCAAGCGAUUGUAGAAGCGUCUCCAGCACUGCCUGGAUUCGGACGUAGUCCAAUGAUGAGGCAAUUGAGAGUGACAGACUCACCUUUCCCUUUAAGAGAUGAUAAUGAAGUUGAUAAGGCUGCAGAAGAUUUCAUAAACAGGUUUUACUGUCAACUGAGGAUGCAAGAUUGAUAGAUUAAUAUUAAUUCAACUUACCUUGUUUAGUGGAUAAUCAAGUAGCCAUAUGUUUAUUUUUCAUGAUAUUAUAAUUCAGAUUUGAUAUAUACCUAUGAGUGAAGGUUUUUGAUUCAUGGAUGUUAA